AGUUCACAACACCAUGAGCAAGUCGUUUCUGGCCUGCUGUUGUGCUUGAUUACUGAUUCGCCUUCUUUCGGUGGUACUUGGUACCCUGGUGGUUAUAUAUCAACCGGGUCACGAGACGUCUGCUUCCCAUUGACUCCCCUAACCCGCAUACUUCCUUCCACUCCUCAACUUCUUCCUGAUCUACUUCCCCAAGCCUCUUCACCAUACUCGACCGAGCUCUUUCCGAAAUGACAAGCGCCAUGGCUGCCGAGCCACUCUCCAAUGGUGUUAGUGCCGGCGACAGCAAGAAGAAAGUCGCCUACUUCUACGACUCGGAUGUGGGCAACUAUGCCUAUGUCUCGGGUCACCCCAUGAAGCCGCAUCGCAUACGUAUGACCCACAGCCUGGUCAUGAACUAUGGUCUGUACAAGAAGAUGGAAAUCUACCGCGCGAAACCGGCCUCAAAAUACGAAAUGACCCAAUUCCACACCGACGAGUAUAUCGACUUCCUGUCCAAGGUUACUCCCGACAACAUGGACCAUUUCUCGAAAGAGCAAAGUCGAUACAACGUGGGUGAUGACUGCCCGGUGUUCGACGGCCUGUUUGAAUUCUGCGGAAUCAGUGCAGGUGGCAGUAUGGAGGGCGCAGCACGAUUGAAUCGCAACAAGUGCGAUGUUGCUGUGAACUGGGCUGGUGGUUUGCAUCACGCAAAGAAAAGCGAGGCUAGUGGCUUCUGCUACGUGAAUGACAUUGUCCUCGGCAUUCUUGAGCUUCUGCGAUUCAAGCAACGAGUCCUUUAUGUCGAUAUUGAUGUCCAUCACGGUGACGGUGUUGAGGAGGCCUUUUACACCACUGAUCGCGUCAUGACCGUCUCCUUCCACAAGUACGGCGAGUACUUCCCUGGUACUGGUGAACUUCGCGACAUAGGUGUCGGCUCCGGCAAGUAUUAUGCCGUCAAUUUCCCCCUGCGCGAUGGUAUCAACGAUGUUUCCUACAAGAGCAUCUUUGAGCCCGUGAUCAAAAGCGUUAUGGAGUGGUAUCGCCCAGAGGCUGUGGUCCUGCAGUGCGGUGGUGACAGUCUGUCUGGUGAUCGCCUGGGCUGCUUCAACCUGAGUAUGCGCGGUCACGCCAACUGCGUUAACUUCAUCAAGAGCUUCGAUCUGCCAACUCUGAUCCUAGGUGGCGGCGGUUACACCAUGCGCAAUGUCGCACGUACCUGGGCCUACGAAACCGGUAUCCUUGUUGGCGACAACCUGGAAUCCGAGCUGCCCUACAACGAUUACUAUGAGUAUUUCGCUCCUGACUACGAGCUUGAUGUCCGACCUUCGAACAUGGACAAUGCGAAUACGAAGGACUACCUGGACAAGAUCCGCAGCCAGGUGGUCGAGAAUCUUAAGCGCACAGCAUUCGCGCCCUCAGUCCAGAUGACUGACGUGCCUCGCAAUCCGCUCCUGGAAGGCAUGGAUGACGAUGCUGAUGACGUUCUUGAUGAUUUGGACGAAGAUGAGAACAAGGACAAGCGAUUUACCCAACGCCGUUUCGACCAGUACGUGGAGAAGCCCGGCGAGCUGAGCGAAAGUGAGGAUGAGGAAGAGAACGCUGCCAAUGGUGUGCGUCGUCAGCCGGGCGUUCUUCGUCGCCGGAACAUCACGAAUUACCGCAAUCUUGACCCCGGUGACUCUGGCCUGGAUAGUGGCAUGGCAACCCCACAGGAGGCUUCAUCUAUCGGCGACGGUGAUAUUGACAGCGCCAUGGAUACCAAGAUGACUGAUGCUCCGCGAACUGACCCUGAUGCGGCUGCUGGUGCAACUUCGCUAGGACAGGACACCCCCGCCACUGAUACCGACCGAAUGGCUGUAGAUAGCGAAGACAAGGGCGUCUCUGCUGCGGCUUCUCAGCAGCCGUCGCCUCCCCCGCACGAUGAGGACACAGCCAUGGAAGAUUCUGGAGCGCCGACAUCUGCUCCGGAGCAGUCCGAGCCUAUGGAUGAGGCGCAGGAGAAGAAGCCCGAAAAUUCGCCUGCUGCAGACGACGCAUCCAAGGCACCUCUGUCCCCUCCAGUUCGGUCGCCUCCCAAGGAGUCAUCCACACCUGCGGAGACCGGAGCUGAGGCUUCAACACAGAAGGCUACUCCUGCUGGCGAUUUGGAGGCGGCUAAGGCGGCAACGACCGAGACUACCGAAGAACCCAAGAAGGAGGAGUAA